UUUCUCUUUGCCUUCACCAACAAGAAAAUUUUGUACUAAAAACGUUUAUUGGUGAGGCAGCAAGCUUUAUCAACAGGAAAACCAAAGCUGCAUUAGAUUUUUGAUGACAGUUUGGUGAAACAAUAAGAGAGAAAGUGAAAGGACCCUGAUGCAAAAGCUGCAGUGCAGUAAAGAAUUCAUGUUGCACGGAUCUGGACUGGCUAGACAUUCCUUGGAGAUACCUUUCUGGCGGCCUCCAUUGAAAAGAAAACCUGCAACAACUGCAGCUCUUCUCUUUUUAACUGUUCUCCUCGUGGCUGCCUUUACAUCUUCCUCAUGGAUUGACACUUCUAGUUUUUUUAUUGAGAAUUUAAGAAAUAAGACUAUAAUAAUAUCAGAAAAGCCAAAAAUUCCCAUACAGAAAAUUGAAAUCCCACUCGAGUGCACCAGCAGCAAAAACCAGACACAAACCUGUCCUACGAAUUACCCCAAAACAUUCCAAACAGAAGACCUUGAUCCUUCAUCCAACCCUGUUUGCCCUGAUUACUUUAGAUGGAUCCACGAAGAUUUACGUCCCUGGAAAACCUCAGGAAUCACCAGGGACAUGGUGGAAAGAGCUAACAGAACAGCAACAUUUCGCCUGGUAAUCAUUGGGGGCAAAGCGUACGUUGAAAACUACAGAAAAGCCAUUCAGACAAGAGAUGUUUUCACCAUUUGGGGCGUUCUGCAACUCCUCAGGAGGUACCCCGGAAGGCUACCGGACCUGGAAAUCAUGUUUGACACUGAAGAUAAGCCGCAGGUCAGAUCAAGUGACUACCGUGGACAGAAUGCGCCGGGCCCACCACCAUUGUUUCGGUACUGUGGAGAUAAAGAAACGCUGGAUAUAGUGUUUCCUGAUUGGUCCUUCUGGGGUUGGGCAGAGAUAAAUAUAAAACCAUGGCACAGCAUAUUGAAAGAUAUUAGAGAAGGAAAUAAUCAGACCAGCUGGAUAGACAGGGAACCAUACGCCUACUGGAAGGGAAACCCAUUCGUGGAUGACAGAAGGCAGGACCUUCUUAAGUGCAAUGUCUCUGAUCAACAAGACUGGAAUGCCCGCCUAUUUAUCCAGGAUUGGAUCCUUGAAGGCCAGCAAGGUUUUAAACAGUCGAACAUAGCACAUCAAUGCACCUAUAGGUACAAGAUCUACAUUGAAGGGUAUGCAUGGUCUGUUAGCGAGAAAUAUAUUCUGGCCUGUGAUUCUGUUACACUGAUUGUACAGCCUAAGUACUAUGAUUUUUUCAUGAGAAGCAUGCAGCCUGUGGAGCAUUACUGGCCUAUAAGGGACGAUGACAAGUGCAGGUCCCUUAAGUUUGCUGUGGAUUGGGGCAAUCAUCACAAAAAGAAGGCACAGGAAAUCGGAAAAGCGGCCGGUAGCUUCAUGGAAGAGCAGCUAAAAAUGGACUACAUUUAUGAUUAUAUGUAUCAUCUGUUAAACGAGUAUGCUAAGUUGUUAAAAUUUGAAGCAAGAAUACCUGAAGGAGCCGUGGAGUUGUGCUCAGAGGUCAUGGCCUGUCAUGCAGAAGGAAUUGAAGGGCGAAAGAAGAAGUUCAUGAUGGAAUCCUUGGUGAAAGGACCUUCGGUUUCAAGUGCAUGCACCCUGCCUCCUCCUUAUGAACCUCAAGCUCUUGCAGCAUUUGUGAGGAGAAAAAUCAAUUCAAUAAUGCAAGUGAAGAAGUGGGAGAAAGGUUAUUGGGACAGCCUCAACAAGCAAUAGUGGAGUGGAUGCCUAAUCCUUUUGUUUUAUAUAAUCUAAGACAAAGUCUAUUUAGGUUUAUGCCCAAUUUUAAUAAAUACAUGGGUCAAAUAGAGAGUACAUACAAUUUUUUUUUUUUUUGGUAAUUGGCACAUCCAAUAAACCAUUAGUGAUUUGUAAGGGAAAAAAAACAAGAAAAAGCUUUGUAUUAUCAGAACAAUGCUAAAGUGAAGAAAAAUGAAGCAGGGUCAGGUGAACUUGUUGGGACUGGGUCGACUGAAGUUUGAAGCUGAGAGGGAGACCUAUCAGACUAUAAGGGUGGUCUACUCUAGGGCAGGAAAGCGGUCCACUUGCAAAGUCGAUAUAACCAACCAUUACAGAAAGUUAUUGGGCAAAAGGUGGCAGGUGGCUAGAAGGACAAAAACAGAGGACCACAAGUCCACAACCGUGACACGAGAAAGCUCCAAUUCCAAGUCACAACUAUUUACUCUCUUUGAACAACUUUUGAACCCAACUUCAAUGGUUUUCAGCUUUAGAUAUUGAAUUUAAUUUUGAAAUUCCCA